CCCGUCUCAUCUUCGUAGCUGAAUGAUGUUAGACACAUCCUUCAGUUCAUCCCCUAAAUCACCGUUGAUACCACUACACACUACCUUUAUCCUGACUAUAGCCUUAUUGUUACUUUCUGUGUCCUGCAUCCUCUUCCUCGAUAUUGCACAACAUCUCUUGCCAUGAGACCACUCUCCGCGCUCUCUGCCGCGCUCCUCACAGUCGCGUCAGUCACAGCUCUCCCAAGCGAUCCACAGGGCCAGAUCCCAAUCCUCAGCAAUGAAUUACACAAGCCAAAGGGCGGCAAAGGCGUAGGCCAUUUUAGUGAAUGGAGCCGGGAGACGAAAAAACGCUUCCUUAUUGACUGGCAAGAGGGACGGGAAUCGGAAUGGACCAUCGUCCAAGGCAACGAGGGCGGUGAUCUAGACAGCAUGACUGCUGCGUUGACAUGGGCAUAUCACCUCGAACACUCAACAGCUAACACUUCGGAUCCACUUAAAGCCGUUGCUCUUCUUCAAACUGCCACGCAUGCACUUGAUCUGCGUCCAGAGAACAAGGUCGCGUUGGAGAAUUCGCAGAUGACGGAGGGUCAUGAGGAUCUUCUCACCAUCGACGAACUACCCGAGGAUCCCGAGACGCUUGCGCCGAAAUUGAAAGGGAUAAUCUUGGUGGAUCAUGCUUCACCUCUUCGCAAGUGGAGCAAUGCAAAGAUUCUCAGCAUCUUUGACCACCACGUUGACCGCGGAGCUGGUCCAGAUGCUAAGCCGCGCAUCUUUGAGCGAACCGCCAGUUGCACAACUAUCGUCGCACGAACUAUGCUAAAUGAGCUUGAACGACUGCCAGAAGAGUACCACAUGCCACACGAACUGCUCGAGCUAGUUCUCAGCGCAAUUGCCAUUGAUUCCGGCGGCUUGACGAGCGCCAUCACGACGAAGACUGAUGUCGAGACCUCCAAGCGCGUCCUCAACCGCAGCGCCUGGGCUGACCGAAAAGUUGAGGAUGUCAUGGAAGAACUCGAUGACAUUCUCUCCAAAGCGAAGAAGGACCUUGACCAUCUUGGCCUUCGUGACCUGCUCCGCCGCGACUGGAAGGGUGACCUCGUCGAUACCCCCUCUCCCCGCACACCCACUGUCAGCCUAGGCUUUGCGUCUGUUCCGUAUUCCAUGGAUGAGCAGAUCGAAAAGACCGAUUUCGCAGAGUUGUUUGACUGGUUUGCUGUCCAUGCCGCUUGGACCGCUGAAGUCGGUGUCGACAUAAGCAUCGUGCUCAACAAGUACAAGAUCAAAGACAAGCACGGCAAGAAGAAGAAGAUCAGAGAGAUUGUCUUGACAGUAAGAGAUGAUGUACGAAUCGAUCAGGACCAGGCGGACUCACUAUUCAAGACUGUCAAAGAAGCGCUAGAGGCUGAUGAAUUCCUGAAGCUGAAACCAUGGUACAGGGCUAAUGAGCUUUCCACCAGACAGAUGGUCUGGAGCCAUGAGAGCGGCGCUGGGAGGAAGAUCAUCAGACCAGUUGUUGAAGCCGCUGUUCUUGGCUGGGAUUGAGCAGUGAUAGUCUUUUGUUAGAUACCCAUCAAUCUUUGCAAUUGCCAGCCCGUUUAGAGGGGCGUUUUUAGCACCAAUGCCGAUUGUGAAGUGUUCAUUUCAGCUACUUACCGAAAGUAAUCCAU